GUUUUCGGAGUGGCCGGAGCCGGCGGCGCUCCCGGCCGGGGUCUCCGUCCCGAGCGCGCUCGGCGCCGCCGCCGCCCGAGUUGGCGGAGCGGGACCCGCCGUCCCGCGGCUCCGCCGGUUCUGCCGGGACGCGCCGCCCCCCGCGGGAGCUCCGGCAACUUUUCUCUGGUUCCCCGAGGCGGGCCGGGAAGUGCGGGGAGCGCCGCGCCGUCCCGCCCCGACCGCCGGGGUCCCCCUGGAUGUGCCUCUUCUCCCCCAGAACGAGCCGCAGCUGCAGCUGGGGUGAGCGGGAGCGCGGAGCCGCGGGACCCGCCGCCUCUCCCGGGGCCGCUCGGAGCCGUUCGGAGGCCCCGACCGGCUCCAGCCCCGCGACAAGGACCAGAUGCCCCGCUGAGCCCGGCCGGGCCCCACCGCGAUAUGUUCAACCCCGUCAGCGCCCCGGCCGCCGGCUACGCUGAGCACUGCUGCCUGCGCCCCCCACAUGGAGCAGCCCCGGGUGCCACAGGGCCACCAGGACUUGAUUUCCCCUUGUGCCGUCAGUCCAACCUCACGAGCAGCCACCGUGGUUAUGGGGCGGCGCCAGGAACCGAGCAUCCCGGCAGUGGUGACGGCUCACGGUUCUCAACGCCCCGUGGUGCAGGCAAACUGGGCAAGAAGCGGGCACUGUCCAUCUCGCCUCUGUCAGACUCUAGCAUUGACCUGCAGACGGUAAUCCGCACCUCACCCAACUCCCUUGUCGCGUUCAUCAACUCCCGCUGCGCCUCUGCCAGUGGCUCCUAUGGCCACCUCUCCAUCAGCACCAUCAGCCCGUCGCUGGGGUACCAGAGUCCACCGGCUCAGCAGAAGGGCCAAAGCCACCUGUAUAACCACACUCCGCCUCCUGCCCCGGCACCGUGUGGCGCCCAUGAACACCUGCCCGCCCGCCCAGGCCUCCUGCACCACGGCCCGUCCCGGGUGACCGUCAAACACUGCCAGCAGCUCAAGUUGGAGUGGAGCCUGAGCAGCCCCCUGACCGUCAGAUACCCAGAGGAGAGAUCUGAGGGUGACAUCUGCAGCCCAGCUUCCACAGGCACCCAGGACCCCUUGCUGGGGAUGCUCGAUGUUCGGGAAGAUCUGGAGAAGGAGGAUGGGAAACCGGAGUCUGAGACUGUGUACGAAACCAAUUGCUACUGGGACGGCUGUGCCAAGGAGUUCGAUACGCAGGAGCAGCUGGUGCAUCACAUCAACAACGAGCACAUCCAUGGGGAGAAGAAGGAGUUUGUGUGCCACUGGGCGGCGUGUUCCCGGGAGCAGAGGCCCUUCAAGGCUCAGUACAUGCUGGUGGUGCACAUGCGGCGUCACACGGGCGAGAAGCCUCACAAGUGCACGUUCGAGGGCUGUAGCAAAGCCUAUUCCCGCCUGGAGAACCUCAAGACGCAUCUGCGCUCACACACGGGUGAGAAACCGUAUGUGUGUGAACACGAGGGUUGCAACAAGGCCUUCUCCAAUGCUUCCGACCGCGCCAAGCAUCAGAACCGCACUCACUCCAAUGAGAAGCCCUACGUGUGCAAGAUUCCAGGCUGCACCAAACGCUACACAGACCCCAGUUCCCUGCGCAAACACGUGAAGACGGUGCACGGCCCUGACGCCCACGUCACCAAGAAGCACCGAGGGGAUGCGGUGCCAGGCCGUGCGCUGCACACCCCCGGCGGCCUCCCGGACAUGAAGCAGGAGAAAGACACAAACGGCCCCACUGAGGCCCGGAGGGAUGACGGCAAACUCUUGGUGCCAGACUUGGCCGUGAAGCCGCAACCCAGCCCAGGCGGGCAGUCGUCGUGCAGCAGCGACCACUCCCCGCUCGGCAGCACCACCAACAACGACAGCGGGGUGGAGAUGGCGGGCAACGCCGGUGGGAGCUACGAGGAUCUGUCCACGCUGGAGGAUGCGCUGCCUGGUGAGCCCAUGGGCACCUCGGGGCUCAUGACCCUCCACAAGCUCGAAAAUCUUCGCAUUGACAAACUGAAGCAGAUGAGGAAGCCGUCAGCCACCAAGGGCCUGAGUUUGCCAGCCAUCCCUGGAGCCGGCCUACCUGGGGAGGCAGCCGGCAUCUCGGUGCCGCCGCCGGCAGCGUGGCAGCGGCGCAUCGCGGAGCUGUCUGCGGCAGAGACGGGCCUGCCGCCGAGCGAGCGCCGCAGCAGCACCACCAGCACCGUGAGCUCGGCCUACACCGUGAGCCGGCGCUCGUCCCUGGUGUCCCCGCGCCCACCCGGGGCCCGGCUGGGUGGCGAGGCGGGCGGGAUGCCCGGCGGGGCAGGCCUGGCAGACGGCUACGACCUGGUGUCUCCGGACGAGUCGCGACGCUCCAGCGCCUGCGGGGGACUGCCGGGUGUGGGCAGCCUCACCCCGGCCCAGCGCUACCGCCUCAGGGCCAAAUACGCCGCGGCCACGGGCGGGCCACCGCCGACCCCGCUGCCCAGCGUGGAGCAGGUGUUGCCGCACGGCCACGGCAGCUCGCCUGGGGACUACCUCGGGACACCGGAGCCCCGCUUCCUUGUGAACGGUUUGCCGCGAAGGCACAGUUCCAAUGAGCACGCUGGCUACGCAGGCGGCGUUCCCCCUCACCUGCUGCCUUGGAACGGUGUACGGCGGGCCAGCGACCCUGCGCGCACCGCGGCCAACCCUCCCGCUGCGUCCAGGGUGCAGCGCUUUAAGAGCGUGGGUAACGUGAACGUGCCGGGAGCGGGCAGACCCGCUCUGCAGCCGGUGGGUGGUUCCGAUGCCAACCUUCAGCGCCACGUGUUCUCCCCACGGCCACCCAGCAUCAGUGAAAAUGUCUUCCUGGAGACGGCGAGCAUAGACGGCCCCGGCGCAGGCGUGGAGUCCGGCUUGCUAGAGAUGGAGCAGUACUUGAGCUACCCCGAGGAAAGCUUCCCAUGCCAGGGGACAGGUGCGGAGCUCCAGUGCCUCUACGGCAGCGCUCAGCGGACCACGGGGGGGAUGCAGCUGAACCCGGGAGGGCACAGGGACAUGGAGGAGGGAUUGCUUCAGUCCGACUUCUCCCUUCCUCAGUGCCAGAUGAACCAGCACUUCACGACCAUGCAUGCCGGCGGCGAGCCCAUGCCGGCUCCGUGGGAUGAGCCUCCCCAAGGCAAUCUGGAGCUGAGCUCUGGGCAGUCGAGCGUCAGCGCCUCUGUGUCUGCCGUGUCCGGGCCGCACUGUCACCAUCCAAGUCCUGAGUACCUGCUCCCCAGUUCUUGUGGGCAGCAACCCAAACUUGUGAGCUCGUGCCAGGAUCGGGGUUUUACUGGGGGGCACCGGCUUAACCGACUGCAGAUCAAAUGUGAGCAGCGUUACCCGGCGCCUGCCCCGGCGCUUGCUCCCUGCCAGAACGCCAAGCUCGCCGGGCCCGUGCAGCCUCCGGCAUCCUUUGGCCAAGCCGUGAGUGCAGGGCCUGGUGGUUACCAGGCUGAGGAACUCAGUUACAUGGGCAUGUCGAGCCCGGGUGCUCGAGGAGCCCAAAGCUCCGCCAUGCAGAGCAAAGAGGUGAUGGUCUGUAGCUACGUGCAGGCCCAGCAGGCUCUGAUGUGGGGAGACCAACCAUCUCCCGCCGGAGGGGACGCCGGCGUGGGGCUGGGCGGUGAGCCUGGGCAGUGCCAAGCCGUGCAAGCACCGCUGUACCUUAGCCCCAAGUACUCUGGUUACCAAACCAAACCAGACCACCUGCAGGGCCCGCCGGAGACCCAGCACCUCCUCGGCGCCCCGUGCUUCCACCCAGAGAUGGUGCCGCACCCGCCUGGUGGCCCUAAACCAGCCGGUCACCAAAACAGUGUGAAAUACGCGGGCGAUUGCUACGCGGGGCUGGACCCCAGCUCCCGGCGUGCGCUUCGCUUGCCCCCCGCCCGCCCCACACCCGAGGGGCUCAGUAAUUCCCAGUAUCGCCCGGGCCAGGUGGGCAGAGGGGGACAUAAGGUGCUGGGCCAAAUGGCAGCAAGCUGCAGGGGUCCCCGGCACUACGGUGGGAGCUUGGAAGGACUCAAAGGCAGCUCGUGUUACCACCUGGGCUCGGGGGAGCAGGUGGCCAACAGCCUGGACUCUCUGGACCUGGAGAACACGCACCUUGACUUUGCUGCCAUUGUGGAAGAUCCAGAGACGCCUGCGCUGCUGCCCGGGCCACCAAGCCCUGCUGGUGGCCUCCUGCUUGCUGCAUCCGGGGGUGCCAACAUGGCCGUGGGCGACAUGAGCUCCAUGUUGAGCAGUCUGGCGGGGGAAAGCCAUUUCCUCAACUCCUUGUCCUAACCGGGAGGUACCAGCCAUCAGGGAGGGACGUUCGCAGCCGGGGGGGAGCCGAACCGCAUUGGGGCAGAGGUGUGAAACCCCUUCUCACGUGGAGAUGUGUGGCAUGAAACACCCCGGGGUGUCCCCUUGUGCAGUCUGCGAGUGUCACGCUCUUCCAGGGAAGGGACAUCGCUGGGUCCCACACACAGCUGUAAGCCCCAUUAGGUGCUGUGGGUCACCUCUUGUUGGGGGGAACUGGUUGACGGAGUCCCUCCAUUCCAGUGCCUGGAACCUUUUCCUGCCUCCCUCUGGACACGGUGACCCUGGGCAGUCUUGAUGUCAAAACCAAAGAGUCCUACCCGUCCCGAUGUUCCCAUUACACCUGCCCCUUAAAUCCUCA